AUGGGGCCGACCUACCUUACUCCAAACAACUUCACUUCUGAGCCUGACGAAGUUCAUGAAACGCUACUCGUUGAGGCAUAUACAUCCACCCUCUCAGUUCCAGCAACGGGGGAAAAAGAUGAUAAGAGGAUGAAUACUUUGGACUCUAUGGAGUCAGAGACAGAUGCGCGUUGGGCGUGGUUCCACAACUUUUACGAGGCGAAUGCAGAACUGAUAGCUGCCCGGCCGCGAGGGAUCACCUCAGAAUCAAAGAAUAUCGAAGAGUCGAUGAAUACGUUUUCGGAAGCCGCGCAGGCCACUGUGAAGGGUUUGCAAUGCCUUGGACAACUCCAUCCAUUCAUCGGAGCCGCUGUUGGAGCUUUUAUUCUAGUCAUCACCCUUGAUGUGUCGCGAAGAGAAAAUGAACGAAAAGUGCUGGCCGUAAAAUUUCAGAUGCGGGAUCUCAUGGCUGUUUUCUUCGAGCUUCGACAUUUUCGCCACUCAAACAUCGCCCAGGGACAUGAUGGAGUGUCCAUCGCUGAGCGAUUGAAGGGGCUGAUGACUAUCAUCGCGAAGGAUGUGAGGAGUUGCGCAUCAGACUGCGACGCAUAUCUGAAAAAGGGCUUACUCGCCAGAACCGUCAAGGCAACUGCUUACGAGACACGUCUAGCCGAAUAUGUUACACGGUUUGAAGAAUAUAGACGGAAGGUGGAGCUUGCAUUCGCAAUGCACACAUCGUUGGGAGUUGACGUGGCGAAUGAUAAAUUGACUGGGAUCGAGAGUCGGCUUCGCUCCAUCGAAGAUAGAAUCCAGGACACGUUGGCUCUUUUUCGCAGGCUGGAAACUGUACGAGAGCAUGAUUUGAAGAAAUUCAUUGAAGAGCACGGUGGAGUGAAGGCGUGCUUGAGCAAUGAUGAAUCCCUCGAAGAACUUGUUCUGCGAAGCGGUGAAGCCUCCUCUAGGAUAUCGGGGAGAGAUACAUCAAGAAGAUCGAGCGACUUGCCUUCAAUAAGGAAACGUUUGCUCAAGGAGGUGGCAGAGGACAUAGAUGAGGCCUUCGAGCGAAACAUGGUCCUUUUCGAGAGAAAACUGGAGAUGCAGAAAAGGCAGAUGGAGGACACAGUUAUCCACGAAUCUGAUCGAGUGAUUCAAACGCUAACUGCUGGCGCUCACGACCAAAUCCUCGAUCCGGAUCUUCAAAAAAUCUGGAAAGACAUGAGUUGGAAAGGCAGUGUUAAAGCCAGGCAUUUUGUGUUGGCUCUUCACGACUACUACACCGAUAAGCUCAGUAAGGCUAGGAAAGACUCUCCAAUCAUAGAGGGCACUGGAUUAACAUCGCCACUGCAUCGUCCGCCUUUACGAUCUCCUUCUAGCAGCGCAUUUAAGAGGCAAGACGAUAAGUGGGCUCUGGCCUACAUAAACGCAGCAUACGUCCAACCCAUCCUGGAAGCGGUCGAUGACGACGGGACGGGAUUUGUAAGUGUGAAAGAAGUGAAUACCUUUGUCAAGGAGCGGCCAGACGGGUGGAGUCUUCCACACUGGAUCGCAUAUUGGGCAGUCGGUUGGCAAGCAAGUAUUUCGAUGUAUAAAAAUAAAAUAUACUCGCUUGUUCAAACGAUGUUCCAAACAUUGGAACACGUUCUUCCGUCAAACAGGCAUGCGGUGGACGAGUAUCUAUUCCAUGAGUCCUUCUGGAGAAUAGAGCUUCUUCUACGAUCCACCCGUUCAGCUAAUCAUAAAGUGAUGCAAGAUCCAGACUUGGCGAGGAUUACGGAUGCCUAUGCUACAGCAGAGGAGGAAAGGCUCCAGAGAAAUUUAAACAGCGUUUCAUUUGAAUUGGAUACCCCAGCUACUGUCUCCCUUGUAACUGGGGAAGGAAGAAUAGAACGAUAUAUUUUCCCGCUCCUCUACCUUCUACUUCGUCGUCAUUUGAAAAUUAUGAUGAUUGCAUGCAGGCAUGUUAUUCACACAGAGGAGUUAGCCGCCCAUAGCGAAUCGCUGGUGUCGAUCUUGUUGUCCAUCGACUAUCGGAUCCAAAGUUUGGAAGCGGUUUUCAAACAAACCCAUCUCGAUGUGCAAGGUCGUCUGGGCAAUUUUGCUUUCGGUAUCUUCCAACUUUCGUAUGGAGACAUCAAGCGGGCGCCUAUCCACAACUCCUUCGGGUCAUGGGUCAAUGACGAUGAGUCCGGAUCCUUGGACGUCGAGCCUUUGCCUCUGCAAUGUAUAAAGGAGAAGGUCGCGACUUUACCUGUUUCUUCAAUCUUGCGGUACGGUAUACAGGACGCGUAUCUUGCCACGGAGUACUUUGAAUUCGAGCCUGCUCGCCUUGCCCGGACUGCUCAUGCAAUUCAAGGCACAUGGACCGGCCAUUGCUCUCGAACGGAAGGCCAAGACCUCAUCACAUACAUCCUACGCCUUUCCUUCAGAAUGUCCCCAGAUCAUUCAGUGUUAAUUGGCAAGGGCGAAGACUUCUCAUCCACAUUCGCGUUCCAGGGACGGGUCAAACAGACGGACCUCGGCUACGACUUCUAUUUCGUCCUAACAGACGAUUCUUCAGAUUUAUCCAAGCGCGGCUCGGGCUCUUACAAUAUAUCCACAGACACCAUAGUGAUGAGCUGGAGCGAUCGAAGAAAGAAACUACACCCAGAGGAGCCUUAUUAUCAGCCAAUCCAUUUGAGGCGGACUCCUCCUUCGCUCGUGAGGUAUAGAUAUACCCCAGACCGAUUCUCUGAAGAUCCGGCAAAGGCCAGAUGGGCGUUCGUCUGCAAUGCCGCGAUUCACCAAGCACAAGCAAAACUAUGGUCGCGACAAUUUUUCGAAGCCAGGUUCACGGAGCGGAAACGCUUCGUCGAGCUUACCACUCGUUCCCUAAUAGUCAGCAUGGGACUUACUCCUCAAAAUCCGUUGAAUGUUUCUGAAAGUGCAGAGCUGGAAUACCUUCGACGGGAAUUAAACCCGUCGGAAGCCCGUUUCUACCACGCACUGGCUCAAUUCGAGAUCCAGAAGCUCCCUUGGCACCCCUCGUGGGGUUGCGAUUGGUGUGAAAGGCGGAUAACUAAAAGCCGAAACCUGUGUAUACACUGUAUCUCAGAGGAUCUCUCAGAUAACAUCGAGUUGUGUUCAGUUUGUAUCGACAAGACGCCGUCGAAGCGCGGGUUUACGCACGAUGCGUCACACGACAUCAUCAAAGUCGAAGAGACGCUGCACGACUUCUAUUUUGCCAAAGUGGUCGAAUCUGCUCGGACGGUAGUCAGCCGUACCAAAGGCAUCUUUCGAGCUCUCGAAUCUGCCGGCCUUCAUUCGGAUGUAAACCAUACGCAGAGACAAGAUGCUGAAGAAGCAGUUUCGGAACCGACGUGCGCCUGCUGUAAUAAGCGGGUAACUACGCCUUGUUGGGCAUGUGUAGUAUGCGUGCGCGAUACGUACAUCUGUAUUGACUGCGAUUCUCGAAGACUGCGAAGCUCGCCGGAGGGCCCCUCACCGGGACACAAACUCAAUCAUCCUUUGGUUCGAAUACAGGAUUCCAUCGUCGCCGGUCAGCAUACAUCUACCGAGCAGGUCCUUUCUUCUCUCCAGCAGCGAGUCCUGAGCAUGGAGCAGAAAUUGACAGCAGGGCUAGCAGCCAUUGACGCCAAGGUCGAAGAACGUAUGAGCAGGCUGGAAAGUCGCGUCGAGGAGCAACUGGCCUCUAUGCAGGCCAAAGCGGAACUCCGGUUCGAGUCGAUGGAGGCCUUGAUGCGUCAAAUGAUCCUGCAGACGGCUUCUUUGCCACCCAUCUCUGUGGCGAAGAGUCAGGGUUCCAGACGACCGUUUGGACCUCGCCUUACUAGCCCACGGUAA